AUGGCUUCGAGCUGCCUCUAUCCGUAUCCUCGAAUUCCGGACGAUAUCCUACGCUUGAUCUUUCACGAUGUUGCACCAUUGGCGGCUGCAGCAGAGAUUCCAGUUAGCAUUGAUGGUCAUUGGCAAACCUAUCAACGAACAAGUGAUAUCAAUGACAUUCGGUCACUCAUCCAUGUCUCGCAGGUCUGCCAGCAGUGGCGCGCAGUGGCUCUUGGUGCCGCCAACCUGUGGUCGAACAUCUGGGUAGAAAAUGACCACUGGCGCUACGAAAUGCUUACCCGCACUCGCGACGCACCUCUUAUGCUUAUACAUCUCGAUGACAAAAAAGGCAUAUCGGCAAUGAUGCCUCUUAUCUCCCUUUUACAUCGUGUUAAAUACUUGCGUCUGAGAGUCAAGCGAGGCGAUACACCGACCCUCUUCAACGGUCCAUUCUCUCACUCUGCCCCUCUCCUAGAGACAUUCAGUCUUAAACUAUGUAACCCAUCGCCAGUCCUCGAUAUCCCCCGCAAUCUGUUUGCCUCAGACACACCCAGACUCCGUUCUCUCUGUAUCGAAGGCCGGUUAUCUUCCAAGAACCUUCUUCAGUCACGCAUUCUGGAUAAUCUGACGGAGUUAAGACUGUCACGCCCGGGAUGUUCCACUGGCUUGGACAUUGUCUGGUCCGCGAUCUACCGCAUCCGCAAUCGGCUAGAAACACUUGUCCUUCACAAUGUCCUCCCAUACUUCUCUUCCGAUCCCUCCUGGCCCCUAGACGCUGGGAGAGCGUCUGUCAUCGACCUUCCGAAACUCACCCACCUCGAAAUCAGCGCACAAAGUCACGCUUGUGCAUCUUUCACGAAACAACUCAAGAUUUCUCCGCACGCCAAAGUCUUCUACGCGAUCACGCACACCGAAGAUGUAGACGGCCGAGCUGUCGCGGAAUACUUCCCAUCGAUGCUACAUCCUAUACCGAGGAUGUCAACUAUUCAACUACGUUCCCUCUUCUUCUCUGUGGGUUGCGCGGAGGACUACCCCGAUGUCCCUGUUUUCAAAUGUGGCGCUGGGCGUCUUGUUGGCCCCCUUCGUGAUGAGCCGAAGUCGUUCGCCACUGGAACCCAACUAACCAUCCAUUUCGACCUAGUAGAUCUUGCACCGGCAGAGGACGAAUUCACCAUCGUGUAUGCCAUAUGUCAUUGUCUAUAUCUUGACUCCGUCCAAGACGUCGUUCUCCAGCAAGUUGGCCUCGCCGAACCGAAUCGUUGGAUCAAGCUUCUGGGACGAUUGACAGGUGUUGAGAGGUUGGUACUUCGGUCGAAGGAGUCUCUGCCGAUCCUCGCUCUUUUAGCAGGAGUACUCUCGUCUUCAGCCGCAUCUGAAGAGUGGCUCGAGACAUUCGGCGCAACAUGCCCGCUCCCGCGCCUGACCACCCUCUAUCUCCUCUCGUGGGACUUUCGAGAAACCCACGUCGGGAACCCCUUACCUCUUGAAUCGAUGAAUGCAGCUACGGUCAUCGUGGGCGAUGAGGACUUACUCGGCGAAGGCGAAGGCGAGGUUGGUAUACCUGCACUUCUUCUAGAUGUCCUUCGUAGGCUCGCGAGCCAAUCGGACCCACCUCAUCAUAGAACUGGAGGGGGCUUGGCGGAGCUGCAAUUCGUCGACUGUCAUAUUACGGAGACUCAGGUGCAGGCGUUCGAGGGUGUUGUUUCGAAGGUUUGUCUGGACGGAGAGGUGUCAGAUUGA